GUUUAAUUUUGAUGACUUUAAAACAUUUCUUUUUUUCUCCUGCUGUGCCACAUAAGUUAAUUUUAGUUACAAAUUUGAUAAAGUAUUUUUUAUUACUUCGAUUUGUGUAACUUCGAGAGAGUAAUACAUGUUUUCUGUUAUUUAAACUUCUGUUUAAACAUUUUUCUCUCUCUCUCACCUAUUUUCAGCUACCUAAUUCAUUUUUAUGCUAUCAAGCAUAAAAUUUCAUGUAUCUUAUUAUAUUACCCUAUUAUUAAUCCUUGCACCAUUGUUAUGGUAAACUAUUUUUUGUGUCAUGCUAUCUUCUAUUUGUUAUUAUCGAGGAUUAAGGGUCUGGAUUGACCCAGGAACCUCAAUUAGCCUAGGCUAAGAAGCCACAAUGAAUUCCAGAGAAUUACCUGCUUCUAAUGAUUUUUGUGCCAUCGUUCGAUCUUUCGUGGAAGGAAUCAACCUGAGACAUCGUACCCGAAAACCUCGCUCUAAAAGUAAGAAAACGAAAAAGAAAAGUGUUGAAUUAGUUUUAAGAAAAUCUCCUUUGCAUCUAAAUCAGCUUAUUGCAAUGUCUUCACACGGAACUGAUUUUCAUGUUGGAGACAUAGUGUCAUUUUUACAUUUUGAUGCUGAUAAAUUUAAUUAUGCCCAAAUUCGUAAGUUAUUUCGAGAUAAAGAAGGUGAUGAACGUGCUCUUAUCACUUGGAUGUAUUCAUUGAAAUGUGUGGAUUCUAAAAACAAAGUGCAUCCUGCAACAUUCAUUUUAGGGCCAGAAGAGAAAGAACCUCGAAGAAUUGAAAUAUUUGUAGAAGUAGUUUACUGUGCACAAGAAGUGUUUGUAGUACAGUGAGUUUCUUACAAUGCAAUAUGAUUCAACCAUGCAUUUAAAUCUAUAACUUUGUCACAGUGAGAUACAACUUAAGCAAAAUUCUUAUGUGAUAUGUUCCUUUUAUGUGAAAUUAAAUAUACAGCAUGUGAAAUUAAAUAUUAAUAAAUAUACCCACUGAAAACUUUGUUCUCUCUAAAUAAAAUAAAUUAUUGGAAGAAAAAAAAAAGCAAUUUAAUCUGAUUCUUGUAUUAAACUUAACUAUAUGACUUUGCUAUAUUAAGAUGUUUGUAAUUUAUAUUCAGCUUCAGGUAACAUAAUAAUAAAAGCUAUUAAGAAAAUAGGAAUAACUAUUUUAAAUCAAUGCUCAUUUUAUUAAAAAAUCAUAUCUCAAUUUUUAAUGGCAUAUUAUAAUUUUAUUUUUAUGCAUAAGGUUGUGAGAAAAUUAUGGAUGUUAAUCAUAUAGAAUUAAAUACCGGCAGUGUGAAUGAUAAAAUUAACUAACAGGACACUCAAGUUUCUCUCUUUUCACUUUUAUUUUCAUUCCAAAGGCUUGUGUUUAUAUCAUCAUGUCCAACUUUAAACGUUAGAUUAAAUUCAGUUUUUUUAGAGUUCCUAAAAAUAUGGAGUAUAAAGCAAACUCUUCAAUUAGAAUAUGGCAAUAUAGAUUAUCAAGAAGUAAUUUUAAGUUUGAACUAAGGAUAGUUUCUGAUUCAUUUCAUUUUUUAAUGACUUCAUUCCUUUAGUGCAACUCAUGGUCUUGUUCUGAGAAAACUUUACUUAAAAAUGUCUAAUAAAUGGUGAUAUUGAAACCAA